CAUGGCCCCCGCCCCUCAGCUGAAGCGCCACGCAGUCAGCUUCCAGAUAUAAGAUAUACUCGUUGCAGCCUGCUCUUCAUUAUGCCACACAACGAUAAACAAUACAUUCCGUCUUGAAUAGUUGGACCAACUCGCUCAAAACGCAACUGCAAAAUAUUGUCAAUGACGGUCUCAAGCGCGACCUCGUCCAUUGGUACAGAGCGUCUUUCCCUGAACGAGCAUCAUGUCGAAUUUCCAGACCUGGAUGAUGCUCAAUCGAUUUCAGGAAGCAAUAUCGAUCCAGCGAAGUUGACCAUGCUUCUGAGAGUCAAAUUUGGUGCAGGGUCAUACGACAUCUACAUCAUGCACAACUCAUACUGUAUUAUCGCCCCGAGAAAGCUUUCAGCUGGAGAAAUCGCUAGAUGUCGAAGAAGAUGAAGGAAUAUGCCGAUAUCGAAGAAUUAUCCCUCUCAAUAGGUAUCUUGCCUGCGGGACAAGCCUGGGCAGGCCGAGUGACAGAAGAAGUCGACAGGACGAGCAUAUCAGCGCAGGAGGAAAGGAUAUGAGGCGCUGGGAGAAAGAGCAUCGCUCGAAUUGGUUUACUAAAGAUGAUAGAGAGAAAGGAAGCAACUAAAGCAAAC